AUGCAAAAAGCGAGUUUCAGUGUCCUGUAGUAAACAUAAAAGAGAAUUUGGUCUUAGGAAUUCAUUGAGCAUACCCUGAUGAGAUAAGUUUAAAAUCUCCUGAAUCUUAGAUGCUAUGACUUAGGCUACACACCUUACAAUCAAACUCCCAAUAAGUUUAAGUUUUGGGGACCACCUUACAGAUCAAGUCCCCUAAACCAAGUGUCAACUUAGCAGUUCAUGAUUAAGUCAGUAAGCAUUGACUCUACACUAGAAGAGCUUAUGUUUGAGCACUAGGCUGAAGUUAUCAUCAAGAAUUGCCUGUUUGAAUUGAAAGAAAAAGAGAGUGACUUAGUAGAUCUUUAGACUGUAAAGAUAAUUCAAAAAACUGUAGAAAAAUAUAGUUAAGCGUAGGGUGUUAAGCUUAGAUAUAUUAGAGAUGAACUGAUUAAUUUAUAUGGAAUAUCCUAAGUAUCAGAACCUGCAGCUGAUGCUUUUGAUAGAAAAUGA